CCGGCGUCUCUUCUUCCAACUGCAGGUUGAGGCAGCGCCAUUUUGAACCUGCGGCUACCGCGGGCGUGAGUCGGGGAGGCUGGGCAGCGGGCUUGGCUAGCUGGCUGUGUCCUGCCUGUCCGGCUGCGUUUCCAUAGAUACGUGUGGAAACGUAUCUCGGGGUGCGCCUAGUCCUGCAGCCGGUGUCCGAGGCGAACGCUCCAAGAUGAUGCUCCGGGGAAACCUGAAGCAAGUGCGCAUUGAAAAGAACCCGGCCCGCCUUCGCGCCCUCGAGUCCGCGGCCGGAGAAGGCGAGCCGGGGGCCGCGGCGGCCAUGGCGCUGACGCUGGCCGGUGAGCAGGCGCCGCCGGCCCCCGUGGCCCCGGAGGACCACGCGGACGAGGAGCUGGGGUUCACCAUCGACAUCAAGAGCUUCCUGAAGCCGGGCGAGAAGACGUACACGCAGCGCUGUCGCCUCUUCGUGGGGAACCUGCCCACCGACAUCACGGAGGAGGACUUCAAGCGCCUCUUCGAGCGCUACGGCGAGCCCAGCGAGGUCUUCAUCAACCGCGACCGCGGCUUCGGCUUCAUCCGCCUGGAAUCCAGAACACUGGCUGAAAUUGCAAAAGCAGAGCUGGAUGGCACCAUUUUGAAGAGCCGACCUCUCCGAAUUCGUUUUGCUACGCAUGGAGCAGCCUUAACUGUCAAGAACCUUUCUCCAGUUGUUUCCAAUGAACUUCUAGAGCAAGCAUUUUCCCAGUUUGGUCCAGUAGAAAAAGCUGUUGUGGUUGUGGAUGAUCGUGGUAGAGCUACGGGAAAAGGUUUUGUAGAAUUUGCGGCAAAACCUCCUGCACGAAAGGCACUGGAAAGAUGUGGUGAUGGGGCGUUUUUGCUAACAACGACCCCCCGUCCAGUCAUUGUGGAACCCAUGGAGCAGUUUGAUGAUGAAGAUGGUUUGCCAGAGAAGCUCAUGCAGAAAACACAACAAUAUCAUAAGGAAAGAGAACAGCCACCACGUUUUGCUCAACCUGGGACAUUUGAAUUUGAGUAUGCAUCUCGAUGGAAAGCUCUGGAUGAAAUGGAAAAGCAGCAGCGUGAGCAGGUGGAUAGAAACAUCAGAGAAGCCAAAGAAAAACUGGAGGCAGAAAUGGAAGCAGCUAGGCAUGAACAUCAGUUAAUGCUAAUGAGGCAAGAUCUAAUGAGACGACAAGAAGAACUCAGACGCUUGGAAGAACUGAGAAACCAAGAAUUACAAAAACGGAAACAAAUACAACUGAGACAUGAAGAAGAGCAUCGUCGACGUGAGGAAGAAAUGAUCCGACACAGAGAACAGGAGGAACUGAGGCGACAGCAGGAGGGCUUUAAACCUAACUAUAUGGAAAAUAGAGAACAGGAAAUGAGAAUGGGUGAUAUGGGUCCCCGUGGAGCAAUAAACAUGGGAGAUGCGUUUAGCCCAGCCCCUGCUGGUAACCAAGGUCCUCCUCCAAUGAUGGGUAUGAAUAUGAACAACAGAGGAACUAUACCUGGCCCACCAAUGGGUCCUGGUCCUGCCAUGGGGCCAGAAGGAGCUGCAAAUAUGGGAACUCCAAUGAUGCCAGAUAAUGGAGCAGUGAAUACUAGCCCUAGCUUUCAUAUAGUGAUUACUCUCAUUUCCUAAAUGUCACCAAGCUUAGGGCAGGCAUGGUGUUGAUUUACGAGCAUACAGAAAUGAACAAGGUAAGAUCCUUUUUGAGAUUUAAAGGUUUAAUGGGUGUAUGUAGAGUUGUAAGGAACUGUGCAUGUGUAGUUUUGGACACACGAAACUGCUUUGAAAACUUGGAAGCAAGGGCUGGGUUGUGGCCCAAGUGGUAGAGCACCUGCCUAGCAAGUGCAAGGCUCAGUAUCACAAAACAAACAAACAAAAAAGCAACUUGGAAGCAAACAUCCUUUUAUUGUUGGUAACUAAGUAGACUUCACUGUAAGAUGGUCAAGCAGUUGUAGGUAUUUUGGAGGGUAGAGAGGGUUGUAGGGUGAUGAGAUGGUGUGGUCAAAAGGACUAAUGAUAGCAGAGAACCCAAGCAGAUCAUGUGAAGUUACCUAAAGGGGAGUGGUUUAGGAACUGGACGCGUGUGGUCAGUGCUAGUGUGUCUUCACAAUCCCAGCACAUACAGAAUAAAGAAAAGUUGGAAGAUAAAGUUUAGAUCUGUACCUUUUGGGUGGUGGGGUCAGAAGUUUCAGGGUGACUGGAUUAGUAAUGUUCUAGAAAGUAGAGAUCACUUAGAUCACUACCCCCCCAUCCACAUGAUACAUGAAAGGAUAUUGAGAGGCAAUGAGAAUUAUUUUGAUUCCUGAUAUGAGUAAUUCAGAGAUACAGUCAAUUUACUUGUGACUGUUGGGAAAUAGAAGUAGAUAUGAGGUGUUGUAGGCUUUUCCUAGUUUGGUGGGUUGAGGGUACUAGCUAAGACUAAAGGUAAGUGUUUUCAGGAGUUCUGGAGGAAGGGGCUUGGUUACAGCUUCUAAAUGAAGAGGAAGAUAUAACCCAUUGAAUUGUUUAAUGUUUUGAUUUUAAGUGCUUAUAAAUGAUUCGUUGGGAUUUUAAAAACUUAGAAAACCUCUCUGCCUGGUAAAUAGUACUGCUAAAACACUGUCUGUUACUGAAGAUGCCUAGAAUCCCCUCAUAACCCAUGCUUUUGCUCUUGGAAUUGAUCUCCCCAAAAUGUCCACUGCAUUCUUUUUAAACAUUAAUCACGUCCUGUCCCCUUUCCCUUUUCAAAUGCAGUAGCUCCCCAUCUGAAUUGUAAAGGGCCUUAUUUAAUUUGUUCUCAGUCUACACUUUCAACCCAGUCUCUCCCCACUCCUCGUCUUCACCCAACUGGUGGUUAGUCUGUCUCCUAGAAGGUUUUGUAGGUCCCUAAUAGAAAGAAUCUCAUAUCACUUCUUUUCAUUCAUAUCACUUUGCCAGUAUGUAUUCACUGACUUUCUUGUGUCUGUGUUUUAUACAUUCAUAUCAAUACUCAUAUGCACAAAGCUUGAUAUACAGUACAGGUUGCUGUCUUAUCCACGAGUUACAAAUUUGUGAAUUCAAUCAACCUUGGAUUAAUAUUCCAAAACAUUGUACUGGGCAUAUACAGUACAGCUUUGUAUGUAGCAUGUACAUUGUAUAAGGCAUUAUAAGUAACCCAAAGAUGAUUCAAAGUAUUCAGGGGGGGUUAUGUGUCAGUUCUAUGCAAAUACUGCACCAUUUUAUUAAGGCAUUUAAGGGAAUCCCAGAACCAGUCCACUGAGGAUUCCGACUGAUGUGAGGGAAAUUUCAGGAGAAAAAAUGGAGUGAUGACUUAGAUUUAAGAGUACCGGUUUCAAAGCUGGUUGUGGUGGUUCAUGCAUGUAAUCCUAUCACUCAGAAAGCUGAGGCAGUAAGAUGACAAGUUUGAGGUCAGUCUGAGCUACGUAGCCAGGCCAUCCUAAACUACGUAGUAACACCCCCCAAAAAAACCCAAAACUUAAUUCAAUUUAGCUUUCAGUUGAAGUGUGUGGAUAAGAAUCUUUAUGUAUUCAUUCAAUAAAUAUUUAUUGAACAUUUUCAUCUCAGCCUGUGCCUUUUUAUACUUAGUGAAGAAAAUGGAAUUGGUCCUGUUCGGUUUGAAAGUCUAGGUGGCAAGAGAAAUAUGAAAAUCCAGAAAAAGAUUUUUAGAUAACUCCACCAUUGUACUGUGUACUGUGGGGUUAGAGCAAGAAGAGUCAGCCAAGAAUGUGAAUUAAUCCAGUUUUGAGUAGAAUUUGGUAAAAGAAUAUGCAUAUUUUCUAAAGACGAGAAAAAUUAGAGUGAGUGGAUGGGAAUAAGGACAUCUUGUUCUGAGGCUGAAGUGUGGAUGAGAAUGACAGUGUGGGGGAAGAUAUGUUUUUAACAACUGAAAUAAAAUUUAAAGCUCAAAACAGUGUAUGUUCUGUGUGUCAACUCUACCAAAUAUAAUGGUGUUUGGUUCUGGAUUCCCAAGUGUGAAAACUAGAGGGACCUACCUAAUACCUCUCCAGCAAAGUGACCUUUUUCCUGAAUGUAAAAUGAGGGCUGGUGGUGGUGUAACUUUCCAUGUUUGUUUUCCUUUGCUUCUAUUUUCUUUGGUAUAUACUGAAGAGAAUCCUAAAGCUAACAAAAGUGGAAAAGGUUGGCUGCUAGGAAGAACAUGUCAGGAAAUUCUCAAAGAGUUUCCUAGUAAACAGCAGCAACCUUUGUUGCUGUGACUACCCCUACACACCCCUGCCAAUCAGCCAAGAGCCCGAAGAUUCCAUGAGGAGUGAUUCAGUGAGAUCUCUGAAUGAAGCAGCACCUGAUCCUCCCACACGUUUGCUUAAAUAAGUAUGAAGACUGGAAAACUAUCCCCAUUUAAAGUAGGCAGUUCUUAAAAUACUCUGAAGAGUUCUUAAGGGCCACCAAGUAUCUCCUGUUUUCAGUUGCUUGCUUCCUUUAACAUAGUCUUUCUAUUGGUACUUUACUACAAUGCUGGAGAUCGAGCUUAGGGCCUCACACAGCCUAGGCCAGUGCUCUACCACUGCUGUAGACCACAGUCCCUCUGGGUAAAUGUUUAUCAUUAUUUAAUUGGGUGGAUUGCAAGGAUUUGAAAAGUUAAGUAUAAAAUACAUUGUUUACUCUUCUGAAUUGCUUCUACAAUAAUUUAAAGUAUUUCUAAGAGAUCAAAUUAAUAUUUUUCUUAUAUAGUAGACAUUGCUUCAUUUUGGGUUGUGUUUUCAUAAAAUAUAUCAAGUUUAUUAAUUUUAUUAUCCUCGACUUUAUAGCUUAUACUAAAUUCAAUUUAGGAAGAGUUGGGAAUUGCCCCCAAGCCUGGGGAUCUCUGUAAGAAAGUUUUCUAUUUGGCCAUUUCUCUCUCCAUGUGGUAAA